AUGACCGCUGACAGUGUGGCCCAGCGGCCCGAGCGCAAUCAGCCGGGUGCCUUCAAGGUGUCCUGCGGAAAAUGCGGCCACCGGCUUGGCCACGAGUUCCUCAAUGAUGUUCAUGCCUACCCAGUAGACACUCUGGAAGAUGACCCGGACAGGCUGCGGGAAGCAGCCCUGGCUUACCACGAGACGCUUCUCCAGGACAGGGCUGCUCCCUCACCAGAACUUUUCUCUCUUUCCACCGGGGAGCAGGUUAAAGUUGAUGCUUCAUCUGUUUGUUUUUGCACUGUGCACCGUGAUGAACCUCAACAUAAAAUACUGGUUCUGUUUAAUCCCCAGGACAGAAAGACAGUUGCGGCUGUCUACUUGGAGGGAGCCUGGUGGCCUCUUGAAGAUGUGCUGAGGACGGCUGACCCUGCAAGAGACGGUCUGAAGAAGGUUCAGUCAUUCGGGGAGAGGAUUGUGCUUUUCAUUCUAAAUGUCAUUAUUUUUGGAAGAUUGGAGAGGAAUCUGGAUGCCGAUGGCAUGUUUUUUUUACCUCAUUCUGUGAUGGAGCAAGCUAAAAUUUUGUGGAGAAAUGGAGCGGCUGUUGGGUUUUACACCACCAAAACGAAAGGCAGCUUGUGUGGCGAUGGCAGCGGCGCGUGCUACGUGCUUCCUGUCUUCGAUACCGUGUUUAUCCGGCGGCAGCACCGCCGCCAAGGCCUGGGGGUGGCUCUGCUGCAGGACUUCUGUGAGACCUUUCGAGAGGACGAAGCCCUGGGGGUCAGCUGCCCCAUUUCCCAAGCCAUGCUCCAAGUCUGUAGGAGGUUCUUGCUGGCCUAUCCGGAGGAACAGGGGCGCCUGUGGGAGGUGGAGGCCCCCGGAGCCUGGGGCCAGCGCGUUAACAUCUGGCUCAACAUUCAGCUUCAGCAGUGCCGACGUCCAGCAUGUGACUCAGAGGACCGGCGCGGUAGUGUGCAGGACUCUGGGAACCACGGGCCCACCCCACCUGGUGGUGCAGAAGUCAGCGAGGGGACGAUCCUUGGACAACCAGCAGAAAACAGGAAGAGUGACCAAGACCAAGAAGCAGAGGAAGAGGAGACAGGCCUGUAAAGCCAUGGACACCAGCCGGGAGCCACCUAUCCAGCAGAGCUGGGACUAAAGGCCAGAAGGGUGCCUGAUGACAUUGGGCUAGCGAGGAGAUAGGGCUGGGGUGUGGUGUGUGGCCCGGCUCUUAGUCCAUCCACCAGGGACAGAUCUUAAUGCCCAGAGCCAUGUUGAGAUGCCUGCUCUGGACUCCCCGGUGUUGAGCCUGGGGUCCCGUCUGUCACCUCCCUCUGUGGCCGAGCCAGCCUCUCAUCCCUGCGUGCCUUCCCCGUGCUCUGUGAGGGGAGCACAGCUCGUAGGCUCUGUGUGUGCUCCGGUACGAGAACACCGCUAGAGCUCAGGUCACUGUGCUCCCAAGCUCCUCGUUGGCAGUCCCACCGACUUCAGGAGCUCCUGCGUGCAGCCCCACGGGGCUUUAUUGCUUACUGCAAAAAGCUCCCCGUUGGCAGUCCCACCGACUUCAGGAGCUCCUGCAUGCAGCCCCACGGGGCUUUAUUGCUUACUACAAACCCGUGAAGACUACUCUGGGACAAUGGGAAUGUUUCCCUAAAUAGCCUUUAUCCCCUGUGUACGUGCGCCUGGACAGAUGUAGCACGCCCGCUCUGUGUGUUUCAGAGGCCUCCUCUUUUUAAAAUCAUUUUAUUGGGGGCUUGUACAGUUAUUAUGACAUUCCAUGCAUCCAUCCA